CUGCCAUUUUGUAUGUCCACAGUUUGGUCAGACGAAGUUGGUUGUCAACGAAGAAGGAAGCAAAUAUGCUAAUGGUCACUUCAAAUUUUAAUUUACACCUUUACUUAAACUCGAUUAAAGUUUGACUUGUUUGAAUAGGUAGCGUUUUACGCGAUCGGCUGGCUGUUCAGACAGUUGAUCAUCGUGUCAGACUUCAUCUUGUUUACCUUUUGCUGUGGCAGGAGAGCUAACGCUAACGAAGUUAGCCGAGUUUCUCGUUAGCCAGCUAGCUUAGCUAGCGAAUGACUGUCCUAGCGUUAGGUUUCUAACGCUAACUUUUGUCUGUGGCGAAAUGGCGGCCAACGCGACACAAGCAACCCCUACAACUAACUGGUCCUAUGGUGCUGCUGGAGACGGCCAGGUUCAUGAAAACCCAGAAUGGGAGAAAGCCAGACAAGCACUGGCAUCCAUUAACAAGAGUCUGAGCUCUGCUAAGACUACACAAGCCAACCGAACCACAGCAGAGCCUGGGCAGUUUCAGCCAGCAGUGACUGACUCUUCUGCCGUUCAGCAGCAGCAACAACAGCAGCAGCAGCAGCAACAGCAGUACUAUCCAUGGUACCAGCAAACUCAGCAGCAUUAUCCUGGAUACACAUACCCCUAUAACUACUACUACCCCAUGGGUCCAUAUGGAGCUGCAUAUCCACCAAAUCAGUAUGGUGUACCCCCCGGAGGCCCUUAUCCAGGAACUCCAACCUCUAAUGGACAGCCACCUCCAGUGCCUGGAAUGGAAGACCAGUCCACCAGCUACCCUUCUCAACCACAACCUCCUCCCCCUGCUACUCCACAGCCACCCCAGAGCCCAACCACUUCAGAGAAACCCCCACCUCCUCCGCCCCCACCUAUUCCUCCCCCACCCAACUCCCAGUACCCCCCUCGUCCAUCGCAAAAUGCUUACAAUGCCAAUAACUCCAUGCCAUACCCAUCUGGUGACCCCAACCAAAUGCAAGUUUACAAUCAUUCCCAGGGGCGGCCUAACUAUGGACAGGGCUUCCAGGCCCAGAACACCUAUCAGCCCUCUCAGAAUACAUCCCAGCAGCAGCAACAGCAACCAGGCCAGUACGUACCAGGGCUUGGUAGAGGAGAGGCCAACAAAAACAAAAACCAAAAACAAGGACAGCAACUGUGGCACCGCAUGAAACAGGCACCUGGGACAGCUUCUGUGAAGUUCAAUAUUCACAAGAGGCCCUAUCAGGUUCAGAGCUCCCCAAUGUCCAAUCAGACUUUCCCUCCAGGCGAGCAGCCCUCAGGGAUGAAUCCAACUCCUUCCUCCCCAGCUAGCUCCAAUGCUGCACCCGGAGGUGCUCAGACACGACCCCAGGACUGGCCGCAAGCCAUGAAGGAAUACGUGCAGCGCUGUUUUACAGCCUGUGAGACAGAGGAAGACAAAGAUCGUACAGAGAAGGUGCUGAAGGAAGUUCUGCAGGACCGGUUAAAGGAUGGCUCUGCUUACACCAUUGAUUGGACUCGUGAGCCAUUGCCAGAACUAAAGGUCAAGCAGUCUCGUUGGGAAGCUGUUCCACCCCAGAGGUCAUCAGAUGGCUCAGUUAGCCGUGGUGGAAGUACAGUGGCUGCAGCUUCCAGAGGCAGGGGUGGUGGACACAGAUUGGGCCACUACAGGAACAUAUUUUCUCAAAGGAGUCCAUCUUCUAGUUCCUCCCGUUCCUCCUCCCGCUCCCCAUCCCCCUCCCACGGCCGACACAGAGACCGCAGCAACCAAAGGCACAGACGCAGUGAUUCUGGCUCCCAGUCAGACAGCAGCAUCUCCAGUGACCUCCGGCCUCAGUUGUCACGACGAAGUCAGAGGGGAGCACGUGGCCGUGGUAAUGACAGGGAUAGAGGACGUGGAGGUGGAGAGAGAGGACGAGGAAGAGGAGGAAAAGCCAACAGAGGAAGGCGAAACAUGGAGGAUUCCAAUUCAACUGUUGGAAAGAAGAGGAAAGGCGGCAAUGCUGGUCUGGAUUUCCAUGACCCCAACAGAGAAGCCAAGAAGCAGAGCAGAGCAGCUCGUUUCCACAAGCAGCUUCGCUCAGAGCCCCUGGUUCUCUCCAUCAAUAGCCUGGACUUACCUGAUGGAACACAGGAGGGCAUCAGCUGGGAGGACUGCCCCAUUGUGGGUACAUGCCAGGACAUUACAAAGUCCUACCUGAGGCUCACCUGUGCCCCAGACCCCUCUACUGUACGCCCUGUGCAUGUCCUGAGAAAAUCUCUGCAGACUGUGAAAGCCCACUGGCAAACCCACCAGGACUAUGUCUAUGCCUGCGAACAGAUGAAGUCUAUACGACAGGACCUCACAGUCCAAGGAGUUCGUACUGAAUUCACAGUGGAAGUGUACGAGUGUCAUGCACGCAUUGCUCUGGAAAAGGGAGACCAUGAAGAGUUCAACCAGUGCCAGACCCAGCUGAAGGCCCUGUAUAAGGACAAUCCCUCAGAGAACAUAGGGGAGUUUACAGCAUAUCGAUUGCUGUAUUACAUCUUCACUAAAAAUUCUGGAGAUCUGACCACUGAGUUGGUGUACUUGACCCCGGCAUUGCGUGCAGAUGUGUGUGUGGCUCAUGCUCUUGCACUCCGUGCCGCCUGGGCGUUAGGAAACUUUCGCCGUUUCUUUAAGCUGUACCUGGAAGCCCCGCGCAUGGCUUCAUACCUCAUUGACAAGUUUGUAGAGAGGGAAAGAAAGAUUGCACUUCGGGCCAUAUUUAAAACGUUCAGGCCUGACUUGCCGGUGCAGUAUGUGCAGUCCACUCUGGGCUUCCCUUGUUUAGACUCCUGUAUGGCCUUUCUUACUGGGCUAGGUGUCACCUUUACCCCCUCUGACCCCCAAAAGAUAGACUGCAAAACCAGCACAGCCUCUUUGGCUGCCUCCUGAGGUGGUGGGGGGUAGAAGGGGGAAGGGAGACGCUAGGGGACCAUAAUGGAUCCUUACAUAUAUAAUGCACUGCACUUCAGACACCUCAGCCAGUUCAGAUAGAGUAGUUGGCAGACUACAACCAUAUAUAAAAAGAUACAUGCUAGAAUACUCGGCUGCAAGAUUCAGAUUUCAGAAGGCAGAUGUAAUUUUCUGACACUCAGAUAAGAACUGUUUUUAUACAUGGACACACUGUCACUCAAAUAUUGCAGGUUACCCUAAUGCCCAAGAUAUCUCACUACAUUUCUAAUGCCAGAAAAGUGGGUGAACAGUUUAGAUUUGGGAUUAUAAUGUAAUCUCAGCAUUUAGAGGCCAAGAAGUCACAGAACCAGAUCAGGGAGGCCCUCAUGGUUCCUGUUCCUUUACCACCAUCAGAUGUCAAAGCUAACAGUUUUGUGUCAUGUUUUUUCCUUCCUCAAGUCAACAGCUCCAAGACCUGAAGUUUCAAGCCUUGUCAACCAAAAGGGAAAUACAAACAUCUGUUCUCCAAGUCAUUCAUCCAGCUGUCAAGCCUUCAGAAUCAGGUCAACUUUACACUUUCCUCUUAGAGACUGUAAGACAACGAGGUGAGAAGAUGCCAGCAGUUUGUCUGAAAGAAGAGGUGGUGGUUUGUAUGUCCUGCCCUGCACCCAGUUUCCUCAAGGUAUCUACAGUUGGCUAUUCCUUAGCCCUAAUCAUAUGGCCCGUGAAAGCAAUGGACUAAAGUCUUAAGUGUUCCUGAUUUAAUUAAGUAGUAUUCAUUCACUGGGCGCAGUCAGGAAAUGGUCGGCCAGCAUUCGGGGAGUCUCAAUCUGAUGAGCAUUGACUUUGUAUAUGAUCAAGGAGAUACAGAAAAGUGUUCUUCAUCAAGGUGAUCUCCUCUCUGCUCCAUACCCUCGAAGCUGAGCCCAAGAGUCAAAGCAGCCAGAGGCAGAAUCUUUCCCCAUCAUCCUCAGGUAGAAGUUCUGCCAGCACCUGGAAUCCAGCACGCCCUGAUCAACACAGCAAAGUGCAGUGAUGAAGCCCAUCUAUCAUCCACGGUUAUCAUCUCAAUCUCACCAGCUGUUAUUAAAAAAAAAAAAAAAAAAAAAAAAAAAAAAAAAAAACAGGGGCAGCCAAGCUGCCAUUCAAAUACAGCUGAAGGUGAAUGCUGCAUGGUGAAGCAUCAGUGGGAAAUCUGCUGCUUCUUCAAGAAGGGAUAACAACAAGUGGUUUGUAUGCUACGUCUGGCUCUGGUGUUUGCAAGGCUGGUAAGCGAAAGGGACUUCUCUGGAAGGAGAUGGAUAACGGCACAACAGAGAUGUUGCGUCACAUUUCUGCUGCGUUAAAUGUUUUAUGUCUUGUGUUUUGUGGACAGCAGUAUUGGCCUGUCUCUUGACAAAAGGAAAAAGAAUUAUGGAGCUGCAAAGCAGAUUUUAAUGAAAAUUUACCGGUUUAUAUUGGACACAUGAAUUAAGUAUCAAAUCAAAUUUGACAAUAUCCUAAAAUACCAAAAAUGGAGUCAGUAAGGUCCCAGAAAUUUUACUGCACAGAUGCACACUGCUGUCUAAAUGUCUUAUGGUGAAGUAUUUAAAUCAAAACAUGAGUUUUAAACUGAUGUAGACAGUAAAUUAAUAGAGGGAGAUGCAAGUAGAGUGAAGAGUAGUGCUUUAUGUCCAUUUUCCAGUAGUUAUGAUAUAAGUUUCUAAAAAGCUGCAAUUGUAACCUCAUUCUAUUCUCCCUAAAUAAAAAACAGAACAGUUUCUCUGGCAGAGGAGUUCUAGUGGAGCUAGUUCUCCCUGAUGUGAUUUUUGUCUAUUUAUCUUCAGGAGGUUUGUGCUUUUCAGGAAUAAUUGGGAAAAAUAACUAUUGCGAUACUUAAAAUUGUAUUGAUUAGACAGCUCAGAAUUGUACCCCUAACUGACAAAACUGACGUUCCACCUUUUCAUUUAGUGUGAUUGUGCUUAAAUUGAAAACAGGUCGAAAUUGUUCAUUAGAUUUUUUUAUUUUUUAUUUGAACAGUAUUAAUUUCCACUGUAGAAAUAUUUGCCUGAGGUUAAGACUGGUGUAACUGACCAGAACAUGGGUGGAUGCGGGCUUGCUGUACAAUUACAUAUUUACUCUACAGAAUAUAUAUUUGUAAAUAUUGUAUGAUAUUGUGGUGAUUUCUUUUCAGUUAGUGCGUAGUGUAGGUUUUUUGUUCACACACGGGUAAGUGUGAUUUUUAUUUUUCCUUUCCUGGGUUUUGCAAAACUUUCUUAGACCAUUUAUGUGAAUAUGUAAACUUAAAUGCAGAAAGGUCUGGAUUGGGUUGUGUGCUAUGUCUUCAUCACAGUGGAUGUAGUGGUGGAGUUGAUAAUUGCCAGUUUCCAGUACUAGUUUCUCACAGUACAGCCUGAAAACAUUAGCACAGGCUCUUGAACCAAAUUUUGGCGAGAUGUUGUGCUCAAUUUCCAGUAAUGACAAAUUUGGUUGUGAAAGUUGUCCCUUCUUCAGUCAAAAAACACAUUGUCACAUUUGUGUUACUUGCCUGUUUUGUGGCAAUUUUGUGUUGGCAGAUAGUUCCAUGCAAAGCUGGAAUACACUCAAUGAUGAAUGGGACCACCUUUGCCAAACACACGUAAUGUUAACGUCUUGCACAAAAGGGCAAAUUUGCAUCAGGUUGACAAAACGCUCUUGUAAACCUGGAUCGUCACUUUGUUUCUCCAAACUGUUCAUUGUUGACCAUUAUUUCAGCAAACAUUUUUGUAAUGACAAUGAACUCAACAUGUUUUCUUUCUUCCCCCUUCAUUUACCUGAUCCCCCUGUCCUCUUUGCUAUUCCCUCCCCUCGCUCCCUAAACCUUUCUCUCACACACCACCAGACUUUUCAUUCUUCAGCUCGUAGUACUGCUGCAUUGCAGGAGCACAGGGGAGUGAUAAGUGGGCGAACCACCUCCAGACGCCAGCCGGAGAGAGUGAAUUGUGAGCAAUCCAAGUCUUGGUUUGACCCACUGAAGUUGAAGCCAUACAGCUGAUAAAAUACAUGGGAGCCUCACAUAAUGAAAUGUGAAACAUGUCAAUAUGCUGCUAACAUGAUUUGCUGCUAACCCAAAUAUUUGAAAUGUCUUUCUGUGCAACAUACCUGUUUAGUUUUUAAAACAAUGAUUGAUAGUCACCAUGUACUGUUGUUUUCUGUUUGUCCAGAAGCAUUUACAUUUUUUUUUAAUAAUACGCCUACAGUUUGCUGUUAAACUUUGUCAUUAUUCAGGGUAUUUUUUUUCUUUCACUCUAUUUAUUUAUAGUAAGGAACCAUUUGCUUGUGUUUGUUAGUUUGACAGACCUGCUUGAGUCAGAGUUGCAGUAGAGUCUAGUUUUGAGAGUUUAAUCCCUCAUCUAAAAAUGUGUCUGGACAUACAGAACAUGCUGUUAUCCUCAAAAUUCACCUACAUUUAGUAACAUCUUUCUUUUAUUUUUCUAAGUAUGCAGUCUUCUAUAAGCAAAGUUUCUUCUUUGACAAUUUCUGGUACUUGCUUCCAUGCUUAGAAAUUACCUUUUGGUUUCUUCACAUGUGAUGAGCUUUACUGAUGGUUGUUUGCCUUUGGUUUGUGUAAAUGUAAGAUUAUUUUUUUUUUACACUUAGUUAAAGUGUGUACAUCUGAUGUCACAGGUUUUCAGCAUCGAAACAGCGCAGAACAUUCACUUUGUUUUUUAGUAGAAAUUUCACCCCAGACAACUAACAAUACACAUUUUAAUUUUUGGAUGCUUUUUUGUUUUUCUUCUCCGAUGCCUGAGUCAUGUUUUCAGUAUUUUUUGCUCCCAUGUUACUGUAUACCUCCAUCAGUCCUUGUAACUCCUUCCUUGAUAUUUGACACUGGAACAACUCCCAUGUCCCUCACUUCAGCUGUGUUCAUUUCCUGCCGUUUCCUUUUUAACUCGUCUUCAUUUGAAUUCGUUUGUUCUCACUUUCUCUUACUUCCUCUCCCUGCAUGCUGUCCUCUCCCCUCUCCUGCUCUCACCUACAAAUCUCUAACCAGUAUUUGUUCUCUUCUCAUUCUUAUCUUUUUCAUUUAUGUUGAGUAUGUUUGUGACCUUUUGCCGUGUGCAACUAGUCACUCUCACUAGUAAGUAUUGUAUUGCUUCUGCAGUGCUUUAAUAGUUUAUGUUGCAGCUCACUAACAGCUGAAGGUUUAUCUGCCUCCUCCCUAUUCCCAUGCCUCUACAGAUCGGACAUGAUAAACUGCCAUUUUGUAAAUAUUGUGUACAUAUUUUGAAAAAAAUCUAAUAAAAUUGAAGUAUAAAGGGCA